AUGGAUUCGUCGACCACGAUUCAGAUCAAAUGCCCGUUGUGCAGUUGUGCGGACCUCGCGAGCCCCGAAAUGCUGUGCGGCCAUCUCGCGCAAUUCCAUGAUUGCCACACAAUAAUGCAAUCGAACACAUUCGAGAGUUUCGCCAUGUUUCAGAUUUGGCUGUCCGAAAUCGAAGACUCGCGAUGCGACGGCGGCUAUCUCGGAAGCAGUCAGGGACCAUUCUACGAAGACGAGUACUAUUUGCUGUGUCGUCGAAAUCCGCCGACGCAGGCGAAACGGCGACGAAUGUCCGACGACAACUCGGCGAUCAUCACUUGCACCGCGUUCGUGCACGUCUUCGAAACGAUGGACGGCCGCGUCACCGUUCGCUAUUGUCUCGAUCAUUGCGGACACACGCCGGACGAGGUGCGCGUGCGACGACGCGCUUCGUCGUGCGCUUACCGCCGACGCGACAUGCUCAAACGAUCGUCGCCUUGCGAGUCCGAGGACGAUUGUCAGACACCGCUGUCGCCGUCGACCUCCGUCGACAGCACAUCAACUCUCGACGAUGAUUUGUACAAGGAGCUGUUCGACAUGACCAGUUUGAACGCCUUCAUUUCGCAGCGACUCGAUUCAACCGCUGAUCGCCUCAAAACGCUAACCAAGGUGCUCGCUGAUAUCGCCGUCGAUAUUCGCAACAACGAUCUCGCCAUGGUCAACUAA